AUGAAGAUUCUGAAGCUCCCGUGGGUGGCACAUAAGGAGGAACAUCGAAAAUACGAAGUAUACACUGCAGAUGUUAGUCCAGAUGGCCAAAGGUUGGCCACUGGAGGGCUGGAUGGAAAAAUAAGGAUUUGGUCGGUCCCUGACAUCGUCAAGUUUGCUCUUGCAGAUACACCACCUGUUGAUCAAGAAUCAAAAAUGCCAUUGGCUAGCAUGAGUAGGCAUACUGGAUCAGUGACAGUUUUGAGGUUUUCCCCCGACGGCAAAUUCCUAGCUUCAGGGUCUGACGAUCGAAUACUGCUAAUUUGGGAACGGGAUGAGGAGUCCAAACAGCCGGUGUUUGGUUCAGAAAAUGAUAAAGAACACUGGAACGUACGACGCAGGUUGGUGGCUCACGACAAUGACAUUCAAGAUAUCUGCUGGGCACCUGAUUCUAGCAUUUUGGUCACUGUGGGACUGGACAGAUCUGUCAUUGUAUGGAACGGAUCGACUUUCGAGAAGAUCAAGCGUUUCGAUGUCCACCAGUCUCUUGUUAAAGGUGUGAUUUUCGACCCGGCAAACAAGUAUUUUGCUACUGCGUCUGAUGAUCGAACAUUACGCGUGUUUCGUUAUCAUAAAGCCGGCGAUUUGAACUUCUCCAUUGAACACGUUGUAACGGAGCCCUUCAAAGGCUCCCCCAUAACGACUUAUUUCAGACGACUCUCAUGGUCUCCUGAUGGACAGCAUAUAGCGGCCCCAAAUGCUACGAAUGGGCCUGUUUCUUCCGUUUCGAUUAUUUCUCGUGGUAGUUGGGACACAAGUGUAACGUUAAUUGGGCACGACUCUCCCACUGAAGUCGUACGCUUCAAUCCACGACUAUUCCGAGUUUUGCAAAAAAAGCUCAAGAAACGAAGCCCAGAACCCAGCGGCGAGGUCAAGAAACCCGAUAUUGAUGAUGCUCAGCAACCAUCAGCCGAAGACAAGAUAGAGAGGGACGAUGCUGACAUCGAGGAAGUAGUAGAAGAAAAGGUUGAUUCCGUCAUCGCUACCGCAGGGCAAGACAAAACACUUGUGAUUUGGAGUACAAGUAGAGCAAAGCCUCUCGUGAUCGCGUAUGAUAUCACUAGCAAGACAAUUACAGAUAUGGUUUGGAGCCCUGAUGGCUCCAUAUUAUUCCUAACCUCGUUGGACGGUUCGAUAAUAACCAUAGUGUUCGAACCUGGUGAACUCGGUGAAAUGAUACCACUGGAGAAAAACAUCGAGCAGCUUCAUAGAUACGGCGUUGACAAGGACUCCUUCGAGUUUCCAGAGAGUGUCAAGCAACUAGAGCUCGAAGACGAGGCCAAAAGAUUGGGUGACAGAGAAUUUAAAGAGAGGAAGUCGAUCUUAGCAGAAACCUCUAAUCAUCGACCACCCCAGAAAUUGGUUGAGAUUCCAUCUCCAGGUACAGCUCAAAGACCUACUGUCUUGAAUGUGAAGAGGAAAGAACCUCCUGUGGGUGCCAUGACACCAAUAACGAAAAAACCUGAUCUCACAGCUUCCAAAAAAAAGUCGGACACUCUCAACACUACAGUCGUCAAGAAUGGACGUAAGAGAGUUGCCCCUACUUUGAUUUCUUCGGGCUACUCUCCAGUCAAGGUAUCGACCGAUAAGCAGCUACCAUUCGAAUCGCAAUCGACAAAUUUCAAGAUCGCGGAGUCUGGUGAUAUAUUAGAGAGUCUAAAGCUGAAACUUUCUCGCCAAUCUUACGCUCUACCAAGACUUGGUAUUCAUUCUUUGGUCAUGGGUGUCCGAGAACGGGGUGUCGACAAGUAUUUUCGAGAUGGAGCUGCCAAGCCAGACGAAGAUUGGGACACGCAGAAGAAAUCCGAGGAAACAGAUGAGGUGUCUUCAAAAGACCACAUAAUGAAGCUCAAUUCUAGGACUACAGCUGAGAGAAUCUGGGUUGAUGAGCCUAACACCAGAUACGUGGAAACGCCUAACGUCAUUUCAGAGGCAGACGUUUUUCUAGUGGAGUUCGGUGGAUUGGAUGACUUGUACGUGAUGGAAAUACGCAACGGCGUAGAACGUGGCUUGCAAUUUGAUCGCGACGAGCUUUACGAAAGCCCAACUAAGAUUCUAGCCUACCACAGCGGGGAAAGAGUGAUAGACAUUUUGAUACCUGAAGUGGUUAUAUGCGCGGUGGGCUCUUUACGAUGCAAAUGCUGGAUUCUGGCAACGGCGGAUGGUAAUUUGCUUCUAUACACGGCUUUUGGCCAACACAAACUGCCGAAAAUUGCCCUAGGACAUAAAGCUAUCAAGAUGAGUACCGUCGACCGCUAUUUACUAGUGCUAACAGAAACUGGACUACUAUAUGCAUGGGACAUCAUAAACAGCAAAUGCAUUCACAAAAGGGUACCUAUUAUGCCUAUCUUAUUCAACACGCCUGUCGAAUCCAACCGUGUCCGUGUUCACAAGAAAGUGAUCAAAAUUGGUAUCGACUUGAAAACACACAACCUGAUUGUGGACCUCGUAAGUCCGCGAGAAACAUAUGUGUGGAGCUCGGAUAUGGGCUGCUGGACAGCCCAGGACUGA